AUGAACAUCUCUGUAGUUCCAAGUGUGCAGUUCUGCUAUGAAGGACUGAACGGCUCCUGCACCCGGUCCACCUACCCUUUAUCCCUCCGCAUCCCACUGUAUUGUCUUCUCACCUCCACAAUCAUCGUCACAGUGGGGGGAAAUUUGCUUGUAAUGAUUACUAUUGUUCAUUUUGUACAGUUGCAAACUCCCGCCAACUACCUUGUUUUCUCCAUGUCUGUGGCUGACCUGCUGUUGAGUAUAACUGUAAUGCCUCCGAACAUGAUUGAAUAUUUGGAAAACUGCUGGUACUUUGGCGACUUUUUGUGUACAGUUUAUGCCUGUGUUGACAUCACUCUUUGCUGUGCCUCAGUUUUGCAUCUGACCUGUAUUUCUAUCGACCGUUUCUAUGCGGUCAGUAAGCCCCUACAGUACCACAACAGAAUGUCAACAUAUGUGGCGUUCACUAUGAUCUCUGUCAGCUGGAUUAUAUCUGCCAUCUUUGGGUCUGCAGUAGCAUUUUUCCCUGGUCAUAGGGGACACGCUACUGAAAGCGUUUAUUUUGACUGCAUAGGAGGAUGCUUGGCCUUACAUGAAAAAGAAAUAGGUAUCUCAUACUUUUUUGUGUUCUAUUUCAUCCCAUUAACUGUCAUGUCAAGCAUUUACCUCAGGAUUUUAGUCAUUGCAAUAAGACAAACUAACAUCAUCCAUAAGACCAACAGACAAGUCAGAAUCGGCAAACACAAUGUGACUAAAAUAGAUUAUAGGGCCACAAAGACUCUUGGAAUUGUCAUUGGUGUUUUCAUGUUGUGUUGGACUCCAUUUUUUAUAUGCAAUAUCAUAGAUCCAAUAGUAGGGCAUUCCAUACCUGCACUUUUAUAUUAUAUUUUAAUGUGGCUUGCCUACUUAAACUCUAUGUUUAAUCCCAUAAUUUAUGCCUUCUCCCAUACUUGGUUUAGAAAAUAUUUUCAAAUCCUACUAAAAGGUCUUUUAUAA